GGUUGAAUUAAAUACAGAAUUUGUAAUUAGCCACGUUACGUAACACGAUUUUGACUUGUUCCAAGCGUCCCAGUCGUUCUUCUUUUGGGGGGGGGGGGGGGGGGGGCGGGGGGACUUUUGGCGUCCCCGUGUGGUAUAAAUCGGAGUAAAUUCACGACGGAAAGCCUUGAGGAAACAGAAGGGGCUGGGCUAGGCGGGAUGUGGGUCAAUUCUUGAGCUCUGCGGACUUUAAAAUAAACAGAAAGUGAAAGCAGAUGUCUGCCCAGCGUACCCAGCCCGCGAACCCCAAGUGGAUGCAGUCCAUGUUUGAAGAGCGACUGGGUAAAAACUGAAAGUCCUGAGGUCCAUCCUGAUGGUGCCUGCACCAGGACGUCAGUGCGCUCCACUGGAGGUGAGAUGUCCCCCCCUCUUCAUGGACACAAGAGACGAGGCUACAUCCGGUUCUGAGAGCGAGGCGGCGGGGGACCGGAGGGGCACGAAGAGGAGACGAAUGAAGAACCGAAAUGCCGCCCGGAAGAGCCGCAAAAAACAAACCGAGAGGGCGGACGAACUUCACAAGGAGUUCGUGAGUCUGGAGGCUUCUAACUUGGCCCUGGAAAAGGAGAUUGAAACGUUAAAAAAAGAGGUUCGUCAUUACACCGCAGCCCUGGAGCGCCACCGGCCUUUUUGUGUCCUCGGAGAUUCCGUGCAGGUGGAUGCCCUCAAGCCUUCCGCAUUUAACACCUCCAACCCGGAGAUUGGCGAAAACCCUCAUCCGUGGCCCUUGUCCAAUAUCAUCCCUUCCUGCCUUUUGUCACUCACUCCUCAUUCCUUGUUGGGUGGCAACAUCAACACAGAAUCCUGCCAUUUGCCCUCGCCCCCUUUCACCACACGCAAUGACGACCUCUCAAUCGCAUCCGGAAUUUUUCAAUACGAGAGCCCUUCAGUAUUUGAUCAGAGCGACUCAAGUCAGGAGACGACGCCAGUGACAUCCCUGCUUUCCAUUUCGCCGAACACCUCGGAUGGAUUUUUCCCUUCAAACACACCUUCGUUGGGGCCGUCGCUUUCGGAGUUCCUGGAGGAAAACGACUGGAUUCUGAGUGUGGACGGCAACCCCACCAUUCUUUAAGGGCACCCAAAAAAGUGACUCCAUUCGGUGCCCUUCUUUUGACUACACUUGAUGGAAAUGACAACUUGAUGACACAUGACCUUGUGGUCACUUUGCUUUCACUUGUGUUCAUUUACUUCCUGUUUUAUCUAGGGAGCAAGACACAUCCUGCAUUCAUUUGUGUAUUUAUUUAUUUAACCUUCGUGAGUAACAUUCAUUGUCAUCUGAUUCGUGUUUGGUGCUAUGUUUCAUUUUCAGUCAAUGGCAGUGCUUGUAUAAUACUUUACAAAACAGCUAACGUUUGUAGACGAACUAAUGACAAAUAAUAAAAAUGGCUUGUUUAGAAAGCA